UUUCAAAAAUCUCUCCUUCCCCUGCUCUGCAAGUCUCCCCCGUGCAUACCCCAUUUCUGUAUCAAUAGCACACGCAUCUUCUAUUCUUCUUCAUUCUUCCAGUUCGAGGCGUUUUUCAUUCUCUCGUCGGACCUCCGAGCAAUGGUGUUGACUGGGGACAGGUCGGAGAUUGUGUUCUUCGAUCUGGAGACGACGACACCCACCCGACCCGGACAGGGUCACGCGAUCUUGGAGUUCGGCGCCAUUUUAGUUUGUCCCAGGAAGCUCGUUGAGCUGGAGAAUUACUGCACCCUGGUCCGACCCGCUGAUCCUUCGCUCAUGUCUAACCUCUCCGUUCGCAGCAACGGAAUUUGCAGAGACGCCGUCGCUUCUGCGCCUACUUUCGCUGAUAUUGCUGACAAGGUCUACGACAUUCUCGAUGGGAGAAUAUGGGCAGGUCACAACAUAUUGAAGUUUGAUUGUCCUCGGAUUCGUGAGGCUUUUGCUGGGAUAAAUAGGCCAGCUCCAGAGCCUAAGGGAACAAUUGACUCACUUGCCCUGCUGACUCAAAGGUUUGGACGGAGAGCUGGAGAUAUGAAGAUGGCAUCUCUUGCUACUUAUUUUGGUCUUGGACAACAAAAACAUAGGAGUUUAGAUGAUGUUCGGAUGAAUCUUGAAGUGCUCAAGUACUGUUCGACUGUAUUACUUUUGGAAUCCAGCCUCCCUGACAUAUUCACGGAGAAGAGUUGGGUUUCUCCUAAUGCUAUCACAAGAAGUCGUAGUAAAGCUUCUCCUGGGAGUACAGGUUCGAGUGCAACUAAUCCCUCAACAAACCUGAAGAUUGAAAACCAGAUACAUUCAGUGAAAAAUGACACAGUUGAAGAUGUUAUUGAAUCGAGUUCUGCUAUGCCAGACCCUUUUAACAUGGCCAAACUUCUUGAUGAAAUUGAAAGAGAAUCCCAUCAAUCAGAAGGUGACAUGGAUGAUAAUGAUGAUGAUGAUGAUGAUGAUGAUGAUGAAUAUUGCCCUUCUGAUGAGUCAUCCACAGAAAUUGAAUGUGAAGUUCCCAGGGGCGGCUGCACUGGGUUCUUAGAACUGAAUGAAAUUUCCAUACCUUAUCUCUCUGUGACCCUUGUCCCGUUUUAUCGUGGAAUGCAAAAGAUAAAAGUAUUCCAUGAUUGUGCUGAACUCCAGGUUUGUUGUAGACGCUUGAAGGUUCGUUUUGGAGUCAGUAAGAAAUAUUUUGAUUAUGCCGGUCGCCCACAGUUGAAUAUUGUGGUGAAUGCAACACCAAACCUAUGCAAGAUCCUGGAUGAAAUCAAUGGUCGAGCCCAGAGGCUGUGUGUUGAAUCUGGUAGCAGCUCCGAAUGGAGGCCUAUAGUAUCCAGAAACCCCGGCUAUGAAAACUUCCCUACUGUCCGAUUUCAGUUAGCAGGCAUAGUAAAUGGUGAAAUAGUGUGCUGGGCCACAGAGAUAUAUGAGCAAGAAAUAGGGAGUGGAAGAGCAAGACAGGUUGUGUCCAGUAGAUUUGAUAACAAUGCAGAAUUGGAUGGGUUGGUGAGAGGAGGAUGUUUUGUAGAUGUGUACUUCAGCCUGGAUGCAUAUGACUACCAAGGAAGAGCUGGUAUCCGCUUAGUCGUCAAAAAAUUGAUACUGCAUCGCAACUGAUACACAGAUCAGGAAGCCUUCUGCUUUGCUUUAACACCAGAAUUAUUGGUUCUACUCACCACACUUUUUACUUCAAACCCCUCAUUUCACUCUUUCUUAACUAUUUCAAAAAUCAUAUGCUACCAACCAGCAACAUUUACUUCUAAACUAAUCAACUUUAUGAUUGAUGAAAAUGUUAGAUUACUGGGA